AUGGAUCUAGAUGCAGACGAUCACUAUAGCCCCUGGCUUACAGAAGAGAGUUGUGGCCAUGACGUCGCUAACCUCCGGCCGCAGGGCACUAACGAGAAACACGGGACAGGGAUGUGGCCCAACACGGCUACAGCAACGAGUCCAAUAACAAGACUUCGGGCUCACAACCGACCUGCCUUUAUCCCUUUCACCACUCGCAACCACCACCAACCUCCUAUAUUUUCACCUUCCAAAGCACCGGAGAUAGUUUCUCCUGCUGUCGCGCCAACAGGCGCAGGUGCAGGCAACAUGGAAUACGUGAAGCGACCCAUUCGAAUGGCCACGACUCCGACGGCACAACGAGUUUACAUCAGCACAUUUCUUUUUGCUGUGACCUCUGCGGUUCUGCUGCUUGUGGCUGCGACUGCGUACCCGAUCUUCUACUACACCUAUGUGCCUAAGAAAGUCGUUUCUAUCCCGAUACACCUGCAGUACAAUGCUGGUCUGAACCCUUUCGGCGUCGCAUCACUGAAGAAGGACCUGAUGUUGGAGACGGCCUACGAUGUGACUGUAUCUCUGACGCUGCCGCGGUCGCCGUCCAAUGUCGACCGCGGCAACUUUAUGGUGGCGCUGUUUGCGACCAAGUCGUCGCUCGAGAACCCGGCGCAGUCCUUCACGAUUCCCGAAGACCCUUACACGCAUGUGAGCUCGUCCAAUGUGGUCUUUAGCUCGCGACGACCGGCGCUGAUGCCGUACACGGAUCCGCUAGUAUCACUGGCCGGGCGUGUGCUGUUUCUGGCGUGGCAUGUACUGGCGCCGGCGAGCGACCGCGUUGAGCUGCAAAUCCCCAUGGGCGAGCUGGUUCAGUUCCGGGACCAGUUGCCGCUGAGCUUGCUCCUCGACGUACAGGCUGGUCAGACGUUCCAGGCGUAUUCAGCAAGCGUCGAGCUCGUCGCCCGCCUGACUGGCGUCCGCUGGCUCAUGUACAACCACCGCAUUGUUGGCUUCAUUGUCGGCACGACUUUCUUCUGGUUGGCUGAGAUGCUUUGGCUGGGCUUCGCCUGGCUUACUCUGGCCUACUGCCUUGGUUGGGGCGAACAAGGCAAGCAGGGCAAGGCGAUAACUUCUAUUGAGAAUGAUGGCGAAGCUGAGGGCUACGACUACAGAGCUAUCACGAAGCAAGAAAGCGAGGAGGAAAAAUACUUGACGGCCGCAACUUCACGAGACGUCAAGGGCAAAGGCUUGGCGAUGAAGGACGAGGACGAGGAUGACUACGAUCGGAAGCCGAUGAAGGAGGAGAGCGUAGAGAGAGACCUGCCGACCAAGCAAUCCUGGUACGGCGACGACGACGAGGGGGAGGGCACUGGUAGCAGCUACGGCAAGAACAAAACAGUGGCUCGGAAAAGACUGUCGGGAGAGAGAUACUGA